AAACUCAAACACCCUUAAGUGUGAAUUUAUAGAAAAGUGACAACACUGUCAGGCAUGAGGUUUCAUUUUAUGAAUUAAAGAUGGCGUCUGUAAAAUUUUUUGUAAUGUGUAGUCAGUUUCAUGGUUUGUUUAAUAAAGUAUUUAAGUAUUUUGCGUGUGUGUGAGUGAGAAGAUAACCGUGUGAUACUCAGAAAGUAUGGACGGAAAUGAUGUACCACUCAUUAAAAUCGAACCAAAACAUGAAGAAGAAAUUAAUUCCUUUCUUCAGGGAGACAUUACAGUACCCAACGAAGUUUUGGUAACAGUAAAGGACGAAGUUACCAUUAGUACACAGUGUUGUAAAUCUCUUUAUAAUGAAGAAGUACAACAACACUUUGACUUUGAACAUUACCUUUUAACAGCGUCUGAUCAGUUUAAAUGUGCUAAUUGUAGUUAUGAGACAAAUCGUAAAAGCAACUUUAAACGACAUCUUUUAAUGCAUAAAGUCUUGAAGGAUUUUAAAUGUGGUACAAAAUGUAAAAGAAACUUCAUACAACAUCUGUUAAAACAAUUUUCUAAGAAUUUUAAAUGUGCUAAUUGUGAUUAUGAGACAAAUGUUAAAAGGAACUACCAACAUCAUCUGUUAAAACAUAAACUUUCUAAAGAUUUUAAAUGUACUGAUUGUGAUUAUGAGACAAAUGUUAAAGGCAGCUUGAAACAACAUCUUUUAAUACAUAAAGUAUCUAAGGAUUUUAAAUGUGCCAAUUGUGAUUAUGAGACAAAUCAUAAAAGCAGCAUUAAACAGCAUCUUCUAAAACAUAAAGUUGAAAAUGAUUUUAAAUGUGCUGCUUGUGAUUAUGGGACAAAUAAUAAACACUACUUCAAAGCACACCUGUUAAAACAUAAAAUUUCUAAGGAUUUUAAAUGUGCUACUUGUGAUUAUGGGACAAAUAAGAAACAGCACUUCAAAACACAUCUUUUAAGACAUGCAAUUUCUAAGGAUUUUAAAUGCGCUAAUUGUGAUUAUGAGACAAGUGUUAAAAGCAGCUUCAAACAACAUCUGUUAAAACAUAAAGUUUCUAACGAUUUUAAAUGUGGUACUUGUGAUUAUGAGACAAAUGUUAAAGGAAACUUCAAAAAACAUCUUUUAAUACAUAAAGUUUCUAAGGAUUUGAAAUGUGCCACUUGUGAUUAUGGGACAAGUAAUAAGUACCUCUUCAAACGACAUAUUUUAGGACAUAAAAUUUCUAAAGUUUUCAAAUGUGCUGAUUGUGAUUAUCGGACAAAUAACGCUCACUUCUUCCAACGACAUCUUUUAAAACAUAAAAUUUCUAAAGAUUGUAAAUGUACCGAUUGUGAUUAUGAGACAAAUAGUGCACUCCGCUUCCAACGACAUCUUUUAAAACACAAAGUGUUUGUGGACGAUGAGGUGUCGCCGUCAAUUUUAUGA